UGUUUAUAUCCAUGUUUCGGGAGGGAGAUAGUAUGAGAGUGGAGGUCGUCAGAGGAGCACAAUGUUAUGUCCUUGCUCCUAUAACGGAGAUCAUAUUGCCCCUGGAGGAGCCCCUUGUACAGUUUACCAUUUGGAAUCAUGCUGGACCCUCAUAGGUAUCGUCUCCUUGUGGCGACGUGGGCAGUCGUGGAGACGUCAUUGUUCGGCGGAGUCAUGUACGGAUGGCCGUCUCUUGUCUACAUCAUCAAGGAGGAGGGACUAUAUUCUCAUCUCUGUACAACAAAUUCUUCGCAGAACUCUCACAGCAACCAAAACAUGACUUCUGGCUCCAACUUGUUAUAUAUCAUAGAAUCAACAUCCCCGUCAUACGUAGACCGCACGAGUCAGACAUACUCAGAAUACCCAAACGGGACGCACGGACAAUAUAUGAAUAAGAGUUUAAAGGGCUUUACGGAGCAAUACAAUUCAACGCAAACGUGUGAAGGAUUCGCUACCGGAAGUGUGAAAUGCAAAGCCCAGGAUUCAAUAAUUGCUUUAGGGCAGACGAUUUCCGGUAGUGUGUCUUUCAUAGGAACACUUCUGGUUGGCCUAAUUCAUAGACGGAUUGGAACCAAGCGUCUCAGAAUAGGAAUUUGGGUCCUGUUUGUCUUCGGCUGCCUCUGUGUGGCCUUCGUGACGAAUGAGACUGCUUGGUUGAUAUUCGUUGGAUACUGGACAGUUGGUGUAGCAGGACUGGGGCUUCUCAUCACGAAUAUACAGGUGUCGUAUCUGUUCUCCACGACGAGCGGCACUGUGACAUCCCUCAUAUGUGGAGGCUACGACUUCGCCGGCUCCGUAAUGCUCUUCAUCAAAUUUGCCUACGAAGCAGGUGCAUCACUCAUGAUCACCCAUCUGGUUCUGGCAGGGGCGAGCGUGAUGACAGUCAUCAGUGCUAUCGGCUGGAUGCCGUCGGGAAUGUUCAAGAGGAAUCACCAAGCAACGCCUCCUGGCGGUCAGGAUCAGGAACAGGAAGUGCAGCCAUUCAAGGUCAAAGACAGCGACAGGGAACAACACCAGCAGGAGGAAAACAAACAGCUUCAUCCGUCCAAAGUAGGUACCCCUGGGGUGAAGAUCCCGGGGGUAAAGACGUACCUAUUGUCCCCGCUCUACCUGUUCCACCUUCUGUGGUACAACAUCUUGCAGGUCAGGUUCAUCAACUUCACCUCCCUCCUGAACCCAUACCUCACCUACAUCACACGGGGCAACACACUACAGGUCAGUCAUUUCACCAACGUAUUCCUGUACGCCACCAUGUUUGGUUACGUCACUUCCUGUCUGAGCGGCAUCGUGUACGACCUUCAGAAGGCCAAAUAUAAAGCCUCGACGCCUUUGAAACGGUCACUUCUGCCAGCCGUUGUACCUUUGAGUGUGGCGUCCUUGAUUGGGGUCCUCUUGUCAGUCCUCAUAUUCGUCCCCCAUCGGGAAGUCCUGUACGCCAUCUUUGUCCUCACCACUGCGUACAGAUCGUUCCUGUACACUAUGGCAGCGUCCUUCGUCAGCCAGGUGUUUCCAGCUGAACACUUCAGUAUCCUGUACACGGUGAUGAUCAUCUCUGGAGGCGUCCUCUCCUUCGUACAGUACGCCCUGUAUUACUGGUCGUACGCCUACGAAGGAGCGUAUACACACAUGUGUAUCCUGAUGCUGUGCAUGGUGCUGCUGUCGUUCCUCCAUCCCGUCUACAUCGUCGUCAAGUGUCGUGGAUCGACAAGCGUCCAGCGUCACAAUAACUCACUCAAACACUUGUAAACCGCAUCAUACUUCACCACCUGCCAGACGUUACAACUAUGGCAUCCCAGAAGGUACUGGGGUGGUGGGGUGGCCUAGUGGUUAAAGCGUUCGCUAGUCACGCCGAAGGCCCGGGUUCGAUUCCCCACAUGGGCACAAUGUGUGAAGCCCAUUUCUGGUGUCCCCCGCCGUGAUGUUGUUGGAAUAUUGCUAAAAGCGGCUUAAAACUAUAUUCACUCACUCACUAGAAGGUUCAUUGUCGCAUCGUCGAGCUUAGUAAAAGACGCGAAAGGUCAAUCAACCAAAGCGACAAAUGAUCUAACUAAAGCCUUUUCGACUUGUCGCGAUCUCUUCUGCUUUGACACUUUUUGCAUGUUUUCGCAGUUGGUGCAAGAUGGUUAGCUUGUAGUGAGUGAGUGAGUGAGUGAGUGAGUGAAAUUACAUGAAAUAACUGCUCUUAAACUAACGCAAUAAAUUCUUCUAAAAAUGGCU